AUCUCUUCAAGCCAUUUUCGAAACUACUCAAAGCUUGAGAGAGAGAACACAGACGAAACCAACUUUCUUCAAUCUCGUUGCCGCAGUAAUAAUCUCAUUCCUCGGGUAAAUCUCUCCUUCUGCGGCGGCGACAAGAAAAAAAAAGUUUCAACCUUUUAUUGUCUGUUUUCUUCUCUCUUCAAGAAACUACAUAUACUUCGAAAAUGGCUCGUUCUCUCUCUAACGUUAAGAUCGUAUCUGCUUUCGUCUCUCGUGAACUCUCCAAUGCUAUUUUCCGACGUGGUUAUGCGGCCACGGCGGCUCAAGGGAGCGGUGGAAGAAGUGGAGCUGUUGCUUCGGCUGUGAUGAAGAAGAAGGGAGUGGAAGAAUCAACCCAGAAGAUUUCUUGGGUUCCAGAUCCCAAAACCGGUUAUUACAGACCCGAAACCGGUUCUAACGAGAUUGACGCGGCUGAGCUACGAGCAGCUCUCUUGAACAACAAGCAGUGAUUAAUUAAUUUUUAAAAAAGGAUUUGUCUUUUUUUUGAUUAAUUAUUAUUACAUGUAAUUUUUCAAGGUCUUAAGAGGGAGAUUAGUGGGUAAUGAUCUGGUGCAGUGAACCCUGUUUUCAUCUGCCACGUGGCGAUUCUGUAAUGAAUAAAAUAGAGAAGCGUUU